AUGGCUUCUCGAACAACACCUUCGCGAUCCACUCCUUCUCGAUCGACACCUUCAGGUAGUAGCAGUAGUAGUUCGAUUAGUAGGACACGAGUGGGUAAGUACGAGCUUGGAAGAACACUUGGUGAAGGAACCUUCGCUAAGGUCAAGUUCGCUAGGAACGUUGACAAGGGAGAGAGUGUGGCUAUCAAGGUUAUUGAUAAAGAGAAGGUUUUGAAGAACAAGAUGAUCGCUCAGAUUAAGCGUGAGAUCUCGACAAUGAAACUCAUCAAGCAUCCGAAUGUCAUCCGCAUGAUUGAGGUGAUGGCUAGCAAGACCAAGAUCUACUUUGUGUUGGAACUUGUUACUGGUGGAGAGCUUUUUGAUAAAAUUUCAAGCACUGGGAGAUUGAAGGAAGAUGAGGCGAGGAAGUACUUUCAGCAGCUUAUUAAUGCAGUGGACUAUUGCCAUAGCAGAGGUGUUUAUCAUAGAGACCUUAAGCCAGAGAAUUUGCUUUUGGAUGCAAACGGGACUCUGAAAGUUUCUGAUUUUGGAUUGAGUGCACUACCUCAGCAAGUCCGAGAGGAUGGGUUACUUCACACAACAUGUGGAACACCAAAUUAUGUUGCUCCAGAGGUAAUCAACAACAAAGGUUACGAUGGAGCUAAGGCUGAUUUGUGGUCUUGUGGUGUGAUCCUCUUCGUUUUAAUGGCUGGUUACUUACCUUUCGAAGAUUCUAAUCUCACGUCACUAUACAAGAAGAUAUUUAAAGCCGAAUUUACCUGCCCGCCUUGGUUCUCAGCAAGUGCUAAGAAGUUAAUUAAAAGGAUUCUCGAUCCUAAACCAGCAACGAGGAUCACAUUUGCUGAAGUCAUUGAAAAUGAGUGGUUUAAGAAAGGGUAUAAGGCUCCUAAAUAUGAGAACGCUGAUGUCAGCCUUGAUGACGUUGAUGCAAUCUUUGAUGAAUCAGGGGAGUCUAAGAACCUUGUUGUGGAGAGGAAAGAAGAAGGACCUAAAAACCCAGUAACUAUGAAUGCUUUUGAGCUCAUCUCAACCUCCCAGGGUCUCAAUCUCGGCUCACUUUUCGAAAAACAAAUGGGGCUUGUAAAAAGGAAAACUCGGUUUACUUCGAAGUGUUCAGCUAAUGAUAUAGUCACAAAAAUUGAGGCUGCAGCAGGGCCUUUGGGGUUUGAUGUCAAGAAAAACAACUACAAGAUGAAGCUGCUAGGAGAGAAAUCAGGGCGCAAGGGUCAGUUAGCAGUUGCUACUGAGGUUUUUCAAGUAGCUCCAUCGCUCUACAUGGUUGAAAUGCGAAAAUCAGGUGGUGACACGUUGGAAUUUCACAAGUUUUACAAAAACCUUACCACGGGUCUUAAGGAUAUUGUUUGGAAAACAAUCGACGAAGAGAAAGAAGAAGGAACUGAAAGUAAAGUAUCAGCUGGUACUACUAAUGGUACUGUGGCUGCUUCUUGA